AGACUGUUCCCUAUUUAGUUUUCCCGAUAUUUUACACAUGCUGUAAUAGGACACUGCAGACCCAUCAAUCAGUUUUUAUUGCUGUAUAUUUGAGCUAGGAGCCAAGUCCUGUACGUUUAUUUCAGUCAGGAAUGAUUUUGCUGAUGCACAGUAAGAAUGGAGUAAUAGGAAUGAAGAACAGGCCUAGAUAGAUCUGGUGCAGCCUGAACAGUUUGUCUCUCCAUGCAAACAGCUGGAAGAAUAACAAACAGGAUUCUGAACACACUAAAAGCUUCAUGUGAUCAUUCAACAGAGAACUAAUGUUUAACAGAUUCCAAAGAGCAGCCUUGACAUCAACGCGAUUUCAAAAUCACAGAGACUGACUAACGUGUAAUUUGUUGCAGACAUUCAACAACACUAAAGGACUUUACUGUUAUCUUUGAGCAAGCAGUAGCCUGGAGGUUCUGAGUCAGAGAAGAUAGAAAAGUUCUUGGUAUGUCUCAACAGGGAAUUACAGAUGAACUGGUGUUCUUUGUAAAUGGGCAUAAGGUCAGAGAACAGAAUGCAGACCCAGAAUUGAUGUUGCUGCCCUAUCUCAGGAAGACGCUCAAGCUAACAGGAACUAAGUAUGGCUGUGGUGGAGGAGGCUGUGGAUCGUGCACUGUGAUGAUUUCCAAAUAUAACGCCCAAGAAAAGAAGAUCCUCCAUUUCUCUGUUAAUGCCUGCCUGACUCCUCUCUGCAUGCUUCAUGGUGCUGCAGUGACCACUGUGGAGGGGAUUGGCAGCACCAGGACCAGCAUUCACCCAGUGCAGGAGUACAUUGCCAAGACACAUGGCUCUCAGUGUGGGUUCUGCACUCCAGGAAUGGUCAUGUCCAUGUACACCUUGCUGAGGAACAAUCCAACACCCAGCAUGGCACAGUUACAGCAGUGCCUUGCAGGAAACUUGUGUCGUUGUACUGGAUACAGGCCAAUUGUUGAUGCUUUCAGAACUUUCUGUACGGCAUCGAACUGUUGCCAGAGGAGAGAUCCGGAGGAGAGUUGUCACCUAGGAAAGGCUGAGCAAGAUGGAAUCUUGGCAGAAUCCAAGGACAGUGAUCAGUUUCAGGUGUGUAGCCAGCUGUUCAAGACGGAUGAUCUACUUCCACUGGAUGAGACACAGGAGUUGAUAUUUCCACCAGAGUUAAUGCUAAUGGAGGAGAGGCGGGAGAAGAGAACCUUUGUGUUUCGUGGAGAGAGAAUGAUGUGGAUUGUUCCAGCAAAUCUGGAGGAACUUCUUGAAUUGAAAAGCCAGUAUCCCAAAGCUCCCCUGCUAGUGGGAAACACCAACAUUGGUCCUAAUAUGAAGUUUAAAGGUGCCUUUCAUCCAAUGAUUAUCCAUCCUGCCAACGUUUCUGAGCUCCACUCUAUACAGUUCACGGAGGAGGGAGGAAGAAGAGAAAUCCAUUUAGAUGAAAAUUUCUUUGUUGGUUUUGGUAAAACGUCACUGAGGCCAGAAGAAUUAUUGCUGUCAGUCUUCAUACCAUUUUCCAGAAAGUGGCAGUUUGUGUUGGCAUUUCGCCAGGCCUCCCGUCGGGAAAAUGCCUUCUCCAUUGUGAAUGCAGGAAUGCAGGUCGUGUUCAAAGAUGAGACGAAUGUCGUUGCUGACCUGAGGAUGUUCUUCGGAGGAGUGGGCCCCACUACAGUGUACGCAAAGAGAUGCAGCAAGGAGCUAACUAACCGAUCCUGGGAUGAGAAUCUGCUGAGUCAGGCCUGUGAGCUGCUGCUUGAUGAUAUUUCACUCCCUGACUCAGCACCAGGGGGGUGUGUGAAGUUCCGGAGGACAUUGACCAUCAGUUUCUUCUACAAGUUCUACCUACAAGUGUGGCAGAGACUGCAGCAACUGUUGGGCAAGGAGGAUCCGUUUGGUGUAAACAUCCCAGAGCGAUUCCGUAGUGCAACAAUCCCAUUUUCGAUUAAGCUACCUCAGGGCUUCCAAAGGUUCCAGAAAGUUGUUUUGGAUCAGUUUUCUUGGGAUGCACUUGGGCAGCCAGUGAUGCACCUUUCUGCGAUCAAGCACGCAACUGGAGAGGCGGUUUACUGUGAUGAUAUACCAAGCCAGGAGGGGGAGCUGUUUUUGGCAUUAGUCACCAGCACUCGAGCUCAUGCAAAGAUUGUGUCAAUUGAUGCAUCAGAGGCACUGCACCUUCCUGGAGUUUUUGAUAUCAUCACAACUCAGGAUAUCCCAGGGAAGAAAAUUGGCAUGGAAGAGAUUCUCUGUGGAAGUGAGGUAACCUGUGUGGGCCAUAUGAUCUGUGGAAUCGUCGCAGACAGCCAGCUACAUGCCAAAAUGGCAGCUGCAGCUGUGAAGAUAACGUAUGAAGAUCUGGAACCCCUUGUCCUCACUUUGGAGGAUGCAAUUCAGCAUAAGUCCUUUUAUGACCACUUCAAACUGGAGAAUGGAGAUGUUGAUGCAGCAUUUGAAAAAGCUGACCAACAACUAGAAGGAGAAAUCCACAUUGGAGGACAAGAGCAUUUCUACAUGGAAACUCAUAGUGUCCUCGUCAUUCCCAAAAGUGAGGAUGGAGAAAUUGAAAUCGUUUGCUCAACGCAGUAUCCAACGUUUGCCCAGACAGUAGUUGCAGAUACACUGGGGAUUCCAUCCAAUCGAGUCACGGUCCGCGUCAAAAGGAUUGGUGGUGCCUUUGGUGGAAAGAUAGUAAAAGCCUCCAGAAUAGCAGCAAUUGCAGCCGUGGCAGCUCACAAGACAGGCCGUUCAGUACGUUGCAUUUUAGAGAGAGGAGAGGACAUGCUAAUCAGCGGAGGUCGCCAUCCUGUCCUUGGCAGAUACAAGAUCGGUUACAUGACUGAUGGCAGAAUAAUUGCUGCAGAAGUGACCUGUUACGCCAAUGGAGGCAACAAAGUGGAUUUUUCUUUAAUGGUUAUUCAGGAAAUAGUCUCAAACCUGGACAGUGGCUACUACAUUCCACAUGUCUGCCUGACUGGCUUUGUUUGCAAGACUAAUUUACCAUCCAACACUGCAUUUCGUGGAUUUGGACAGCCACAGGCAAUUGCUAUUACUGAAAGCUGGAUAACAGACGUGGCUACUAAAUGUGGACUUUCAGCUGAAAAGGUACGUGAGAUAAAUCUGUACAGAGGACAGGAGGCCUGCACACCUUACAAACACAUAUUUGACUCACGUAAUCAGCUGACCUGUUGGAAUGAAUGCCUACAAAUGGCUUCUUAUCACAAUAGAAAGAUUUCUGUCGAGGAAUUCAACAAUCUCAAUCGCUGGAAGAAAAGGGGCAUUUCUAUUGUCCCCCUGAGAAAGGGAGUUGGCUUUUCUGAGUCUGCGCUCAACCAGGCUGGAGCUUUGCUCCAUGUUUAUGAGGAUGGAUCUGUUUUGUUGACCCAUGGUGGGACAGAGAUGGGACAAGGCCUUCAUACCAAGAUUCUUCAGGUUGCCAGCCAUGAGCUGCAGAUUCCAAUGUCUGCAAUUCACCUGAGUGAAACCUCCACUGGUAUGGUGCCUAACACCAGCCCUACUGCGGCCUCCUCUGGCACCGAUCUCAAUGGCAUGGCUGUGAAGGAUGCGUGUCAAACUCUCUUGCAGCGACUGCAACCUUUCAUGCAUGAAAAUCCCAAAGGAACCUGGAAGGACUGGGUGGAAGAAGCUUUUAAAAACAAGGUCAGCUUAUCAACAACUGGUUUCUUCAAGGGUGAGGAUAUAGUCAUGGACUGGGAGAAAGGUGAAGGAACUACAGCCAGCUACUUCGUAUUUGGAGCAGCUUGUUCCGAGGUGGAGAUUGACUGCCUGACAGGAGACCAUAAGAAUAUCAGGACAGACAUUGUGAUUGAUGCAGGAUGCAGCAUAAACCCGGCUGUGGAUAUUGGACAGAUUGAAGGUGCUUUUACCCAGGGACUUGGGCUUUUCACUAUGGAAGAGCUAAAAUAUUCUCCUAAAGGGGUGCUCUACACUCGAGGACCAACCCAGUACAAGAUCCCUGCUGUUUGUGACAUUCCAGAACAGCUGAAUGUGUCAUUGUUACCAAGAUCACAAAAUCCAAAAGCCAUCUACUCUUCCAAAGGGAUCAGUGAAGCAGCUGUGCUUGCUGGUUGCUCUGUGUUUUAUGCCAUUAAGGAUGCGAUUGCAGCAGCAAGAAGAGAGAUUGGUUUAACAGGGAGUUUCACUUUGAACAGUCCUUCCACACCCGCACAGAUUCGCAUGGCAUGCAUUGAUCAGUUCACUGAGAUGGUUCCAGACUGUGUGCCUGAAUCCACUCCAUGGGCCAUUGUUGUGUGAAAGAUACUGAAGAUAGUCAUCAGCCAGCACAUCAAGUGCUGUGUCAAACAGUGCAUUGUAAUUCCUUAAAUGUAGUGAGUGUAUCAAUUUGAUACACAAGCAAUAGAAAUCAGGCAUUAUAUCAUCAGCUUUCAGAUUAAUACUUCUGAAUUAAAAUAAAUUAAUAUGUAACACAUUAUCAUGGUCAACAAUGUAUGAGCCCAUUACUUUGAUCCCUGCUGAUGCUGUUACUGGACAAUCAGCUCCUAGGAUGAAACUUGGUUUUGUAUAAUCAUAUCUAACUUUUGCAGUUAGUUAAUGUGGUGGUGAGUUUCCAGUUUCUUUUUCUUGACUGUAGAAAUAAUUUCAAAAUGCUUUCCAAGUCUGCUAUUGUGGAUCUCUUACAAUGCUGAUGGCCUAAACUUUUUCAGUUCGAACAUCUUGAAGAUGGAGUUUAAUCUGGGCAAAUGCAAGGUUUUGCACUUUGGGAGAUCAAAUAUUAAGGAAAAGUAUCCAGUAAAUGGUAGGAUCUCGGGUUCCUAUUCCAUAGCUCCCUGAAAGUGGCCACGCAAGUAGAUUGGGAGGUAAAGAAAGCUUAUGGUAGGCUUGCCUUUAUUAGUUGGGGCAUUGAUUACAAGAGUCAGGAAGUGAUCUUGCAGCUUUAUAAAACUUUGGUUAGGGCACAUUUCAAGUAUUGCAUUCAGUUCUGGUUGCCACACUACAGGAAGGAUGUGGAGGCUUUGAAGAUGCUGCAAAAGAGGUUUAUCAGGAUGCUGCCUGGAAUGUGAGGGUAUGAGCUAUAGGAAGAGGUUCGACAAACUCAGGUUGUUUUCUGUGGAGCGACGGAGGCUGAGGGGACACCUGAUAGGAGUCUAUAAAAUUACAAGAGACAUAGAGUUGACAAUCAGAAUCAUUUUCCCAGAGUUGAAAUGUCUAAUACCAGAGGGCCUGCAUUUAAAGUAAGAGGGGAAAGUUCAAAGGAGAGGUGAGGGGAAAGUUUUGCUUACAUGGAGAGUGGUAGGUGCCCAAAACGUGCUGCCAGGGUUAGUGGCGGAUGCAGAUACGAUAGGGGUGUUUAAGGGGCUUUUAGACAGACACAUGAAUAUGCAAGGGAUGGAGGAAUAUGGACCAUGGGCAGACAGAAGGAAUUAGUUUAAUUUGGUAUCAUGUUCUAUUUCUAUUCAAAGUCUCCCUUUUUGGAAGCUUCAUAAACAAUAAAUCACUUCUACUGAGGUGGCUGAUUCCCUUGAUCUGAAUAGGAAAAUACUUAUUUCCACUGCUCACAGAAAUGAUACUAUCUUCUGAAACUAAACUGCAGAUUUUUGUGAAUUAACUUUGAACUUUCUGUUCUGAAAUCAAAAUUAAACAAAUUGCCUUAAUGUGUUUGCUCUGCUUAUCAUAAACCCAAGUGUAAACAUUUUAUACAUUAACACCUUGAGGUUUGCUGAUCUUGGCUGAAGUCAUAUGCCUUCUUACAAAAUUAUGUAUUUAGUCACUGUCCAAAUGACUUACUGACCUUUUUUUUUCCAAAACAAAACACCUUGGGCUAACCAAAACCCAUCUUUUUCCAAAAAAUUUCCAAAAUAUAACAUACAUUAUACAUAUUUCAGCACACCAUUUCUAGCAUGUUAUUCUACUUGCUGUGUUAAUUUGGAUAAUUGCGUAUGUUCAGUGCCCUAAUAAAAGACUGAAAUACA